AUAUCAUGGGGUGCAGAACUCUGUGCUUUGGACUAUCAUGUAUUCUCUUUGCUUAUUAUAUUUAUAUCCCCAUCCCAGAAAACAUUGAAGAAACCUGGAAAAUAGGGUUCAUGAAUACUCUGCUAAAAAUGACUUCACUUACGGCUAUGUUAUUUGAAAAUAUAGGUCUUAUGAGGUAUGAAGAAUUAUUUGUUAUAUUAAUGAAUCUCGACAUUACAAAACCAAUUUCAGAUGAAAAUAUUACAGUGACUGACACAACCUUUAGUGGCAUUCCAGUACGUUUGUAUUUACCAAAAAGGAAGUCAGAAAGGCAGAGACCGGCUGUAAUUUUUCUUCAUGGUGGUGCCUUUGUCAUGGGAAGUUGCAAGAAUUCGCCUUAUGAUUUGCUGAACAGACAGACGGCAAACAAACUUGAUGCUGUUGUUGUGGGAGUGGACUAUAGACUAUCUCCUCAAUAUCAUUUCCCUGUUGCCUUUGAAGAUACUCUUUCUGUGGUCAAAUUCUUUCUACAGAACAAAAUUCUUGAACGAUAUAGGGUGGAUUCCACCCGAAUCUGUAUUUCAGGUGAUAGUUCCGGGGGUACAUUGGCAGCAUCAGUGACUCAACAGCUAAAGAAUGACCCAGUAUUCAAAAAUAAAAUUAAGGCACAAGCUUUAAUUUACCCCUUUUUACAAAUGAUUGAUUCCUUCAUGCCAUCUCACCGAGAAAAUGAACAUGGCCUGCUUCUAACAAGGGAUAUUGCAAUUAAAAUUGGAGCCUUGCAUGUGACCAAAGAUGAAGCACUUUCUCAGGCAUUAAGAAAAAACAAACAUAUGCCUCAAGAAUCAAGGCAUCUAUUCAAGUUUGUUAACUGGAGUACCUUUCUCCCUGAGAAGUAUAAAAAGAACCAUAUUUAUAAGGAACCAAUUCUUGGAAGAUUUAACUUAUCAUAUCCAGCACUUUUGGAUAGUAGGUUAUCACCCUUGUUAGUCAAUGAUUCCCAGUUACAAAAGUUGCCAUUAACUUAUAUCCUCACCUGUCAACAUGAUAUUCUAAGAGAUGAUGGACUUAUAUAUGUCGCACGACUUCGAAAUGUUGGAGUUAACGUUGUUCAUGAUCACAUAGAGAAUGGAUUCCAUGGAGCUCUAUCAUUCAUGACAUCACCAUUUUAUUUACUCAUAGGCAUUGGAAUAAAAGAUAAGUAUAUUACUUGGCUAGAAGAAAAUCUAUAAAUCCAUAAAUCAUACAUGUCAGCAGAUAAUCAUUUAGUUAGUAUUAUAAUCCAAAGAUUAUGUUUUAAAGUCUUGUCA